CAGCUCAAUGGCCAACUGAGGGGAUAUAACCGCUUCAACGGGCACUAGUGGAAGAAGUAAAAUCCAGGGCUCACAAGCCGCCCCACCCUCUUGAUUCUGAUCUGAAAGUCUCAUACUGCUGCUAUACCUGACGAUGAGCUUCAAGCCGAUACCCUGUCCGCCUACAAUCCCAUUCCUAGGGCACGUGGGAACUGGUGUAUUUGACCGCGCCCACUCGGUCCAGUCUUGGCGUAACCUGCGAGAAAAGUAUGGAGAAAUAUACAAGCUUGACCUCCUUGGAAAGGUCUUGAUCAUGUGCUCAUCCCAGCGGAUAGUCAACGAGCUGUCUGACGAGAAGCGCUUUCACAAGCAGGUCCAUGGGAGUCCUUUAGAAGUUGUCAGGAAUGGAGCAGGAGACGCCCUGUUCACUGCAUACCACGGGGAGGAAAACUGGGGCAUUGCUCAUCGUAUCUUAAUGCCCGCUUUUGGCCCUUCGAAGGUCCUCAGCAUGUUCCCUGCAAUGCUCGAUAUCAACUCCCAGAUUCUCGCCAAGUGGGAACGCUUUGGACCAGAUGUUGCCUUUGAUCCGACGGAAGACCUAACGCGUCUCGCUUUCGACACAGUCGCCCUGUGCACGAUGAGCUACCGGUUCAACAGCUUCUAUGAGAAGGAUAUGCCGCCAUUCAUUCAGGCUAUGGCCAGAUUCCUCUUCGAGAGCGGGUCGAGGACACAAAGGCCCAAGAUGGUGCAGUCCUUCAUGAGGCAAACCAAUCAUCAAUACGAGGAGGAUAUUAAGCUCAUGGUAGAUGUUGUUGAUGAGCUUAUUGCUCACCGAAAAGCCCACCCUCUUGCCGGCGCAAAAGAUCUUCUUUCCCUCAUGCUGGAAGGCAAAGAUCCUAAGACUGGGCAGGGCCUCUCUGACGCGAACAUCCGCUAUCAGCUCAUCACCUUCCUUAUUGCGGGGCACGAGACAACCGCUGGAAUGCUCUCUUUCUCACUUUAUCAUCUGCUGUCCAACCCCUCGAGGUACGCCGCACUGCAACAUGAGAUUGACACAGUUCUUAGAGACGAGCCCCUCACCCUGGAUCAUAUCCCUAAGCUGAAGUAUGCCGCUGCCGUUCUGCGCGAAGCCCUUCGCCUCAACCCACCAGCACCUGCGAUGGGACUUGUUAGCUUGAACGACCACGAAGUCCUCGGUGGGGAGUUCGAGGUGCGCUCGGAAUGGAAUUGCGUUAUAGACGUCGCGGGACUGCAUCGCGACCCCGCUGUAUGGGGGGAUGAUGCAGAAGCUUUCCGCCCGGAACGCAUGCUUGACGGUAAAUUUGAGGCACUUCCACCAAAUAGCUGGAAGCCUUUCGGCAACGGCGCACGGGCUUGCAUCGGCCGGCCACUAGCGUGGCAGGAGGCGAUCAUGAUGCUGGCCAACCUUUUCCAGCGCUUCGACAUCCGACUGGAUGAUCCGAGUUACCAUCUCCAGCUCAAGCAGACCCUCACUGUCAAGCCGAAGGACUUCAGGAUACACUUGAUCCCUCGGGAAGGGAAGAGGAUUCUCGCUAUUCCUGGCAUGCAGCCAUCCCAGCUCGCACCGGGCGUGCGUGAACCUCCAUCUAUACAGAAUGGACAUGCAGGGGAGGGGAAGGGCACACCUUUGUUUGUUCUUUUCGGAAGCGACAGCAGCACAUGCGAGGGCUUUGCUCAACAAGUCGCUUCUGACGCAGCAUCGUACGGCUUCAACCCCAAGAUGGGGGCCAUGGACAGCGUCGAGGAUGUGACGAAGUUGCCACGCGAUGGACCAGUGGUGAUCAUCACCUCGAGCCGCGAGGGCCAGCCUCCCGAGAAUGCUGUACAUUUCGUCCAAGGGAUCACUGAUAUGGUUCCUGCAGAGAAGCCACUCGAAGGAGUCAAGUAUGCCGUAUUCGGUGCAGGCAACCGUGAUUGGGCGCGCACGUUCUUCCGCAUCCCGAAGCUCGUCGACUCUCGAUUGGAGGAGCUCGGUGCUGAACGGCUGGUUCCCCGGGGAGAGGGUGAUGCUGGUGGAGACGAACUGUUCAGUUCGUUCGAUUCUUGGGAGAAGACACUUUGGCCAGCACUUGGCAAAGCGUUUGAUACUACUGCCCCUAUUGCAACUUCGGAGGGCCAGAUGGAGGAUGACCUGGUUGUUACUGUCACUGGCACAACGAGAAACAUCUUCCUCCGUCAACCUGAUCUAACGGAAGGUCGCUGCGUCGAGAAUCAUAUUCUCACUGCCCCUGGGCAACCAGUCAAGAGGCACAUAGAGUUCCAACUUCCUCAGGGAAUGGAAUACCGCCCUGGUGACUACCUGGCCAUUCUUCCUCUCAACCCACCCGAAUCUGUACACCGCGUCCUCACGCACUUCAACAUGCUCGGCGAGACGAAGAUCGCGAUCAAGAGCCACGGGCCGACGACACUUCCCACAAACUUGCCUAUUAGCCUGCAAGACCUCUUCUCUGGGUAUGUCGAACUCGGGCAACCGAUGACACAGAGGAAUUUAGACGAUGUGAUGCGCUAUGCGCCCAAGGACGGCCCCGAACGACAGGUCCUCGAUGCGCUUGUAGCCAACGCGAAAGCGGGGAUCUUCGAGAAGCGCAUGGCGGUGCUCGACUUGCUUGAGCAAUACCCUAGCAUCAAGGUUCCCCUCGGCCAGUUCAUCAAGCUCCUGCCCUCAUUGCGCAUACGUCGUUACUCGGUUUCCUCUUCCCCGCUGUUUAACCCGAGCAACUGCGCCCUAACAUUCUCUGUCAUAACUGGUCCGGCUCUUUCUGGCAAGGGCGAGUUCGUCGGUGUGGCGAGCAACUAUCUUGCACAUCUUAAGCCCGGGGACCCAGUCUCCCUAGCCAUCCGGCAGAGUGCAGUCAACUUCCACCUGCCGGCGGACGUCACCAAGCCUAUCGUGAUGUUCUGUGCUGGAUCCGGAUUGGCUCCCAUGCGCGGGUUCCUGCAGGAUCGUGUGGAGCAGCUCAAGGCCGGAAGGGAAGUAGGCAAAGCGCUGUUAUUCUUCGGCUGCAGAGGUCCAGUUGAAGAUUAUUUGUAUUAUAAGGAAGAACUUGCUGCCUGGAGCGACCUUGGGGCCGUCGAGCUCAAGCCGGCCUUCUCUCGUCAUCCGGAGCUUUCAGGCGGGUGCAAGUAUGUGCAGGACCGCGUAUGGAAAGAUUGUAAGAUCGUCCGGUCCCUGCUUUUUGAUCAAGGAGCCCGAUUCUACACCUGCGGUAUGGCAGCUAUGUCCGCCGGCGUGCGCAAUACAUGCAUCAAGAUCAUUGCCGAGUCCGGCCCGCAUAGUCUUGAGGAGAGCGAAGCCAUGUUCGAGAAGAUUGCGAUCGAGCGGUAUUCGACGGACGUGUUUGGCUGAAUGCAAUGUAUCAUGUCACUAUGAGUAGUUGAUCCUCAAUUCCGCUCAUG